AUGCCGAGCUGCUCGGCGUCCGGCAGCAUGCCCGGCACGAUCCGCAAGAACGCAGACCUCGAGUUCGACUCGCUGCAGCCCUGCUUCUACCCGGACGAGGACGACUUCUACUUCGGCGGCCCCGACUCGACCCCCCCGGGCGAGGACAUCUGGAAGAAGUUUGAGCUGCUGCCCACGCCCCCGCUGUCGCCCAGCCGUGCCUUCCCAGACCACAGCCCGGAGCCCUUGAACUGGGCCACCGAGCUGCUGCUGCCCGAGGCCGACCUGUGGGGCAACCCGGCCGAGGAGGACGCGUUCGGCCUGGGGGGCCUGGGCGGCCUCACCCCCAACCCGGUCAUCCUCCAGGACUGCAUGUGGAGCGGCUUCUCGGCCCGAGAGAAGCUGGAGCGCGCCGUGAGCGAGAAGCUGCAGCACGGCCGCGGGCCGCCAGCCGCCCCGGCCCCGGGAGCGGGCGCCGCCAACCCCGGGGGCCGCGGGCACGGGGGCGCCGCGGGCACGGUCCGCGCCGGGGCCGCCUUGCCCGCCGAGCUCGCCCACCCGGCCGCCGAGUGCGUGGAUCCCGCCGUGGUCUUCCCCUUCCCGGUGAACAAGCGCGAGCCGGCACCCGUGCCUGCAGCCCCGGCGCUCGGUGGCCCAGCGGCGGGCGCUCCCUGCGCCUCGGGGGCGAGUGCGGCCGUCCCGGCCGGUGCCCCAGCUCCCGCUGCUCCGCGUGCAGGCGGCCGCCCGGCCAGCGGCGGGGACCACAAGGCCCUCAGCACCUCCGGAGAGGACACCCUGAGCGACUCAGAUGACGAAGAGGACGAGGAGGAGGAUGAGGAGGAGGAGAUCGACGUGGUCACGGUGGAGAAGCGGCGCUCGGCUUCCAGCAGCAAGGCGGUGACCACGUACACCAUCACCGUGCGCCCCAAGAGCGCGGCGCUGGGCCUGGGCCGGGUGCAGACGAGCGAGCUCAUCCUCAAGCGCUGCGUGCCGAUCCACCAGCAGCACAACUACGCCGCGCCGUCGCCCUACGCGGAGAGUGAGGACGCGCCGCCGCAGAAGAAGGCCAAGAGCGAGGUGUCCCCGCGGCCGCUCAAGACCCCCGUGCCCGCCAAGGCCAAGAGCCUGAGCCCGCGCCACUCGGACUCGGAGGACAGCGAGCGCCGCCGCAACCACAACAUCCUGGAGCGCCAGCGCCGCAAUGACCUGCGCUCCAGCUUCCUGGCGCUCCGCGGCCACGUGCCCGAGCUCGUGAAGAACGAGAAGGCCGCCAAGGUGGUCAUUCUGAAGAAGGCCACCGAGUACGUCCACUCCCUGCAGGCCGAGGAGCACCAGCUGCUGCUGGAGAAGGAGAAGCUGCAGGCGAGGCAGGAGCAGCUGCUCAAGAGGAUCGAACACGCUCGGACUUGCUAG